AUGGAAGUCGGCUGUCUUUUGCGUUGGGUGCUCCGUUCAUUUUCAACUUGGACUAGAAAUUUAUUUUGUCUUUUAUCUAAGACUUCGUUUAAAGAAAAUUUUUGUUAUUUUCGAUAUGGAAAUAUUAGACUUGGAAUUAAAGCCCGUACAAGUGGCGCAGCUUUUGCCGUUGGCAUCGGUUCCUUUGUUGCCUACAAAAUGCUUUGUAGACUAAUAAAAUCGAAUAGUAUAUGGACAGCUUUGGAGCAGUUAAGUCCAACUGACGAACAAAAAGAUCAUCAAAAAGCAAGUGUUAGCAAUAAUAAUGAAGCUGUUGUACUUGCAGAGGGAUUUUAUGCUGUCCGUUUGGGCGGAGAAAAUGAGCUUCUUCGAAGGUUAGACGAAUUCCUGUCUGCUUCUACUGCCUCUAAAGCAGACGAAAUUGAAGGGAAACCUCAUGUUGCUGUUGUACAGGUUCGUCAAGCAAAUGCCUUAAAACGAUUAUUUCGUCGCAAUCAACAUUUACAAGGAAUUGCCUCAAUGGAUCAACAAAUAAAUUUAAAUAAUAACAGAGCAGAAAAUACAAUAGCGAGUAGAGGGGAUAUUGUACGUUAUGGAGGAAGUGAUGCUUUAAUUGGUAAAAGAAGAAAAGAAUUAACAAAUGAAAAUGACGAAGAUAAUGAAGGAAAUUUAAGGCAUUAA